AAACGUUUCCUCACACGCUUUGAAAUCUUAUUUCUCACGGACACUUAAUUUUUUUUCACGCCACAAAUGGUGACGAGGGACUGGCAUAAAGCGCAUGCUAAUGUGAACGAUGAGCGAUGACUACACGAGUGAUUAUCCAACGAGAGUAAAUGAGAGGUAAGUGGAAAGAAGGGCCCACCGUCGUAGCCGGAGAGCUUCGGGGAAAAGUGGGUAGCGCCGCCUGACGGACCGCCAACGAACCCGGGAGCCGCUGUAAGGAAACCGCGGUGUCGAAAAACAGGUCUUCAGUGUCGGAGGGAGCGCCGCCAACAGCUCUCCAUAUGCCAUCACACACUGCAUGUACCAUACUGGCCUUCUCGAUGACAAAAGUAGUCUUCAUUCAUUGAGCACAGCGGUGAAGUUUCACACCUGUCACACAUUCCUUUUCAUGAUACACUUUCAAUUUACAUAAAAACACACACACACACACACAGUACCAGCAUGGCUGAGCAACAGGAAGAGGCAGAAGUUGAGUAUGUGACGCACCAGUAUAUGUGCAGUGAGUGCCAGCAGCUCUUCAACACCCUCGAGGAUGUGCUGAUCCACCAACAGAUACAUACUGGCCAAGAGGGAGAUGGAGAAGGGGAGGUAGGGGACGCAGUGACCAUCCAGGGUGUCCCAGAGAUGGGGCAGAGCCAGCAGUACCAGUGUUUGGAGUGUGGGGCCAUCCUUGUGAACCCAGAGGAGCUGCUGCAGCAUCAAGAGAUGCACAUGAGGGAGGCCGGGAUGGAGGUGGAACAAGAGAUAUGUGAGGUCCUGGAGACAGAGGAAGACGGGUCAGAGGCUCAGACAUCAGGUCCGGUUCAGUAUCAGUGUCUUGACUGUCUGGCUCUGUUUAACUCAGCUGAGACCUGGCUGGAGCACCGGCGGACCCACAGCAGGAGCAGCACUCACAGUAACACUGAGACCACAGAAUAUUUGCUACAGCCUGAUGGCACGAUCACUCCACUGAACAAUGUGCAGAACUAUGUGCUAAGUGAGCAACAGGCUGGGGAGAUCUUGGCACAGGUACUUGCCCAGCAGCAACAGCAACAACAGAAGAAAUGUCAGUCUGUCUCUAAACCUACUGCACCCUCUCGCCCCUCCCUGCUGCCUCCUGUGACGCCGACUCCCGGCUCUGCCACCAUGCACCUGCAGAUUCUUACAGCUCAAGCCCUGGCAGACACCUCAAUCAGUCCCAGUCCGUGGCGUUCCAAGCUACCCCCUCUGUUGUCUGCUGUGGGCCGAGGCUCCUCAGCAAAGCUAAACGUCUUGGAGAACGGGGUCAGGAGACUGGAGUUGAGGUUGGCCCCCAACCUUCAGGAUAACACCCAGCAGCAGCAAACAGAGGUGGUGGUCAUCCACCCUUAUGAGUGUUCAGAGUGCUCCCUGCUUUUCCAGACCCCAGAGGACUUCCUCCAGCACCAGGGAGAGCACUUCCUGGCUCAGGACAAAGAGAGUGGCGAGUCGGGGGUCAUGAGUGGUUUUGAGGAAGUGCGAGGAAGGGAAGAGAUCACAGAGAACGUGGAGGACAUUAGGAUUAGAGAAGCAGAAAAAAAAGCAGCAAUCUGGGCUAAGCCACAACGCUGUGACAUCUGCAACCGCACCUUCACUUCCAUCAACCGGCUAGCUGCUCACAGACGUGUGCAUGAACAGGGCACACAUGAAUGUCCAGAAUGUGGCAAGGUGUUCAAGAAGGCAGCAUCUCUGCAGACACACAUGCGUACUCACUCAGGCGUGGCCAGGUACCUGUGCGUGGACUGUGGCAGUGGCUUCACCACUGAGAUGACUCUCAUUAUGCACAGGAAGUCCCACACUACAGACCCCCUUCACAAGUGUCAGUUCUGCAGCAAAACCUUCACCAACAUGACCAAGUACCUCUACCACCGUCGGACCCACCUCAACCGUGAUUCAUCUGACCGACCCACGCCCGUUUCUAUGGUCUCAGCUCCAAGAAGAGCAUCUCUCUCUGCUCUUGCCAUCCUACAGAGAGCUAGAGAGAAGAGGAAUUCACACACUGAUGAGGCCAACAUGAUGGCCCCUCUCACAGAGGAAGAGAUGGAAAAAUUGGGAGAUCCAGUACAAAGUUCUCCGGGUAAAGUGGAAGGGGGUGAAGUGGAUAAGCAGGGAGAGAAUGACAACAAGGAGAUGUCUGUCCCACUUGAAUGCACCACUGAUAACUCCCAGCAGGUGGAAGAUGCAGUAAAGUCUGACUUAGCGGCAAACCCAGCACCCUUGGAUAACACAGGUGUAGGAGUCACAUCUAGCUCCACUGACUCAACAGAAGCAGCUUCAUUCAGAAUUGCUUUUUCUUGUCGCUCAUGCUCUAAAACCUUUCCGUCCCAGCUGCAGCUAGUUCACCAUCGACGCAAGUCCCAUGUCCCUGAGCGCAGCUUUGUCUGUGACAUCUGUGGAAAGUCUUUUAAGAAGCAGAUCCAUGUGCGCAAUCACAUACGUACACAUACCGGCGAGAGGCCUUUCCAGUGUUCUGACUGUGGCAAAACCUUCUCAUCUUUAGCCAAUCUAAUGCGACACAACCUCAUCCACUCUGGAGUGCGCCCGUACCGCUGCGAUUUCUGCCAACGCUCUUUUUCCCAGUCCUCCAACCUCCGUCAGCACAGCCUGUUGCACUCCAGUGCUGUGACACUGUGCUGCCCUGACUGCCCCGCCACAUUUCGCUGGCCCACUAAGUUAGCGGCACACCGCUUCUCUCAACACCCAGGGGCACCAGCUCCUUUCUCCUGUCUCCACUGUGAGGCUGGCUUCUUGACCAAGAGGCAACGAGACAGCCACUGCCUGGAACAGCACCCUGUCUUGGUGCAGGCUGGUACUGGGGCAGAAGUGGGCCAAGAGCCAGACAUCCAUGCAGAGUUGGGCACAGGUGUGACAUCAGAGGUCCCCAUCUCAGCCAUAGCAGAGACAGAAUCAAGGGAUUCAGCCAGUCUUGCACGCGGAGCCCUGGAUUGCAAUAUUUGUGGGAAAAAGCUAAAUUCUCCUGCCAAUCUGCGACUUCACAGACUGGGCCACUUCGCCUGCCCUGGGCGAACGCGGUGCACCUCAGGGAAGCGGCCUAAAGCGCAUCAGUGCCCUAUCUGUGGCAAACUGUUUGUAUCUUCCUCCGGAGUUGCACUUCAUCAGCGAGUCCACACUGGUGAGCGCCCAUUCCCCUGCCAAGUGUGUGGCAAGCGCUUUCGUCAGAACACACAUCUGCGAGAGCACUUGCGCACACACUCAGGUGAGCGGCCAUUUCGCUGUGAACUAUGUGGAAAGAGUUUCAUUCAGAGUAUGCACCUAGCUGAACACCGUCGAACACACACAGGCGAACGGCCACAUGUUUGCCCCCUGUGCGGCAAAGCCUUCAAGACUUUCUCCAACCUGAGGAACCACAAAAAGACUCAUGCCAGGCAACAGAGGCUGGAAGAAGAGGCUGCUGCUCAGGCAGCAGCGGAGACCAGCUCUGCUGUGGCAGUGGUGGACACUUCGGCAGUGGAACUAGAUAAUGAACAGCCUCAGCUAAUCCAGAUUGAAGCCUCAGAUCUUCAACAGGCACAGGGCACUAUCAUGUGUAAUGAGUUCGGAGAGACCAUUGCUAUCAUUGAGACCAGUGAGGGAGGGGCGCUGCCUCUGGAGCAAGCCUUGGAGAUCUACCACACAGCUUUGGAGAACGGCCUCGCCAUGGACACAGUUGCCGUGGAUGGACUGCAGCUCCUCUGAGGACAAGUGAACAAAAACACUAUCGCCUAUUGGAUGAGUUCAGUACUAGUCUUAACAAAGACUGACUACUGUGAGAAUUGGUAUUCAGUUAUGAUUUACCAGAAGCACGUAUGUACUGAAAAAGAAUGACAAAAUAUAUAUGAUGUUCAAAA